AUGGCUUUGAAGAAAACUCUGGCGAUUUCUUUCUUGAUGAUGAUGGCUCUUUGCGGAGUCUCCAUGGCUACGGUUUACCAAGUCGGUGAUUCUGCUGGUUGGACAAGCAUGGGUCAAGUUGAUUACCAAGAUUGGGCUGCCAACAAGAAUUUUCACGUUGGUGAUAUUCUGGUUUUCAAUUACAACAACCAAUUCCACAACGUUAAGCAAGUGAAACGCCAAGGUUUCGAGUCAUGCAAUGCAACGUCCCCAAUAGCCACUUACACCAACGGCUCAGAUACAGUCACUCUUGAAAAGCUUGGCCACUUUUACUUCAUAUGUGGUUAUCCUGGUCACUGCCAAGCGGGACAAAAGAUUGACGUCUUUGUUGCUCCACCAACUUCAAAUUUAAGUCCUGUUACAUCACCUCAGAGCUCACCUAGCGGUUCUUCAUCUCUUUAUUUUAGUAAUCUGUCUUGGUCUUUGGGUGUACUACUAGCAUUCUGUCUCUCAGGACUUGCUUAUUAG